UCUUCAUGUGAACAUUAUCCUGCUGAUACAGACGUCUUUGUACCUUCUCCGAGGAAUAACUGUGAGAUCGUUAUCAGAAUGGACAUGAUGGAAAUCGACGACGACGUAUAUAUAAAUAGGAACCUCACAUUGGAGGGCCUCGUUACCAAAGUGGAUAUUCAUAGAGGAAAGAAGCCCUCUAGAUGUGUGACCAUGUGUCUUGGAUUACUGUGUGCUCUCCUGUUGGCUGGCAACAUCGGACAGUUUAUCUACUAUGAGAUAGUCAGCCAUCACCGGUCAGCAGACCCAACACAGGCCAGCUACAUUCAAGGAGAUCAACUGCAGAGCCAUUAUGAUGCUUUAACUGCAGAGAGAAAAGAGUUAGAGGACAGACUGACUGACCUGACGACAGAAAAAGACCAGUUGCAGCAAAGUUACGAUUCUUUGACUGCCGAAACAGAUGAGUUCAAGGCCAGUUUUAACAAUCUAAAAAAUGAAUGGGACCAGUUACAAGCAAGUUACAACACCUUGAAACAGGAGAAUGAUCAGUUACAGACAAGUCACAAUAAUCUGACAGUGAGCUAUGACCAGCUACAGACCAAUUACAGCAACCUGCAGAAAGAAAGAGACCAGUGGCAGAAAAGUUACAAAGACUUAAGCCAAAGCAAAAAUCAACUACAGAGAAGCUGUUAUGACAUGCAGAUGAAUCUCGACAGGUUACAGACAAAUCACAAUGAACUGACAUCAAGUAACAAAGUGCUACAGAACACAUACAGUAAACUGCAGAGAGAAAGAGAUGAGCUACUGACUACGUCCUUGACGCUGAGAGCAAACAGAGAUCAGUUACAGAACAAUUACACUUCACUAAAAAGGAACAACGACCAGCUGCAAAGAAACUACGACACACUAAGCAGAAGUAAAAAUCUCCUUGACAUCAGCUACACUUCACUGUGGAAAGACAAACAACAGCUGCAAACCCGUUAUAAUACUCUGAGGAGGGAAAAUCAGCAGUUACAGACCAAUUACAGCAGUUUGGUCACAAUCAGAGAUCAGUUAGAGAGGAAGAUCAACAAAUUAACAGCUAAACCCUGCCAGGCGGGCUGGAGGAAGUUUGACAUCAGUUGUUACUUUGUCUCAACUUUGACGAGAAACUGGACGAUGAGCAGAAACGCCUGCAUUGCAGAGGGUGCCGAUCUGGUUGUCAUAGACAGCAGAGAGGAACAGGAAUUUGUUAACGGGUUACUGCAAGUAGACCAAAAUGCCUGGAUUGGUCUGACUGACAGUCUUGAGGAGGGGACUUGGAUGUGGGUGGACGGGACCCCACUCACGACAGGGUUCUGGCAACCCGGGCAGCCCAACAGCUUCAACGGGAACCAGGACUGUGGGGAAAUUGUGCAGAAAUCAGUGGGAAUGGGAGAAUGGAACGAUGACGGCUGUUUUUCUCAACAGUUGUGGAUCUGUGAGAAAUGAGAUCACAGUUAUUUACACAGUGGCUUUGGACUGUGGUCCUAACUAGGGAUGGGUAUCGUUCGGAUUCUACCAAUACUACCACUCUUACCGAUACUGCUUAUCGAUCUGGUGCUGUACUCUUAUUGGCUCUUUUGUUUUUUUAUUAAUACAAAAAAAUGAAACAAAUUAAGAACAGAAUUAACAUUGCAUUUUCUAUGUAUGUAAGUGCAUUAUAUAACUUAACAUCCUGCUACAGCAUUGUUUGGAAUUUAAUUUCACUUUUUAAUUUUGUAUAUAGAGCCCAAUAUCGCAAAUCACAAUUUACCUCAGAGGGUUUUACAGCACAUGACAUCCCUCUGUCCCUGGGCCCUCACAGUGGAUAAGGAAAAACGCAGAAACCUGAAUAAAUUACUACUAUAGACUAGGACAUACUCGAGGUGAACGGGGUAACGGGAGACGAACAAUGAGCUAGGUGGUCAAAAACGGUGCAUUUCUCUGUCUAUACAUAGCGCAAUUUUGCUAGAUGUUUCGUAAGAUUGCUCAUGUUUCUGCCCUCACAUGCAAAGGAGUUGUUGAGUAUAACCAAACAUACUCUCUCUGCCAUUGUCACUGAGUGCAGGGCCUCUGAUGCAGAACAUUGUUAACAGUUUUAUAAAUGUACUGUUUAGCCGAUGCUUAAUGUUGGAUGUAAUGAAAUAUGAAUCACGUUACAUAUGUUUGCAAAUUGCCAUAUGUGUGAUUAACGUAUGAAAAUGAAAAUUACAAAUAAUGUAAGUUACAAAAUGUGCAUUGUAUUAAUGAUUUACUGAACCACUGUAAUGAUUACAUGACACUGGCAGAAAUGACUCUGACAUAUGUGCUGAAAAUGUCUGAUCUGUUUCACCCAAGUUAUCUUGUAAAUUAGAAAUAUAUCUACUCCUUCUCUGAGAUUGAAACAUACAGAAUCUAAAUAUGGAUGUGCAAAUAUUGAUUUUUUUUUUUUUUAGUUUAACUGCAAAUGCCCCCCCAGCAGAUGAAUAUGAAAACAGUCUUGUAGUGAAACACUUCAUCACACAUCCCUCUGCACAGUUAAGAGUUAAGAAGAGUUAAGAAGAAACAAAACAUGUUUGAACAAACAUGAUUGAAACAGGAUUUUAAGUGAUAUCUUUAUACAUCAUGGUGAAGGGUAUGUGUAAGUAAAGCAUUAAUCAUGUAAGUUAAAGGAGAUCUAUUAUGCUUAUUUUUAAAGUCAUACAAAAAACAAGAAUACAUCAAAAACAGCACAACUGGGAUCGGGACAGAAAAUGGCAUUGGAAGAAACUUUAACUUGUGCAUCCCGAUACACAUUUUUGUGUAUUUUGGGUUUUGACUGUGCAAUUAUUUUGCCUGAGUUCCUGCAUAUGGUGUGAUUUUUGGCAAAGGUGUGUGUUUUGCGGUAUAUUUUUGGAAUUUCAAGGUCAACUUUAAUUUAACCCUUUAAUUCACUGUAUAAAAAAACACUGCCUUAUCUAUCCCUAGACACAUUUUUGUGCUCAUUGACUUCCAUUGAAACCACAUAUUUUGAUCCUGUGUCCAAUAGACCAUAAAAUAUACACACAUAUAUAUAUAUAUAUAUAUUACUUUACUUUUUUUUUUUUUUACUGUACUGUCAACUAGCUGCAAAAAAAAUAUUUCAACUAAAAUGGUCUCAAUCUGUUGUUGGGGAUGUCAGGCUGUAGUGUAUAUGUUUUUUAUGAAAAAUAAAUUUGUGUGUGUGUGUAAAUUGCAGACAAGAAAAUCCAUAUGGUCACACACACGCACGCACACACACACACACACACACACACACACAUCUAACAUGUAAAUGUUGUGUUUUGUCCAUUAGUAGUGUUCUGGGCAGAAACAAGGUUAGUUUUACUUCUGUUCUAAAUGAAAAAAACAUUCAACUUCAAGUGUUUUCUUGUACACAGACUAGCAUUUAAAAGGUUAAAAUCCUGUGUACGAGGGAUAAAUUUUGGUGUAAAUUUAAAAAUCUGAACCAAAAUGCAUAUUGCUGCUAAUCUUUGACAUAUACCAGACUGUGAUAAACCCAUAAAA